AUGGAAUCAGCUUCAAACAAUUUAACAUUUUUGAUCGUAUCAGAGGCAAUUCGAGAUCUUCUUAAAAGGUUUGAUGGCAUGAAUGACAGAGAUUUACAAAUUGAAACUCGCAUUUUUGAAUUAGGACGCAAACCAGGUUUUGCAUUCGCAUCUUUUAUAUGCAUUGAUGAUAUUAGCGUUAACACAGAAACAGAAGCAGCCAAAUUCUUAGUAAUAGCUGUUGCAGCAAAAAUAUUAGGAACAAAAGGAAUAAUAGAAGUCAAAGAUGGUCAAAUCAGCAUUACAUUUAAAGUAAUCCCACAGCAACUAAGAUGCUUAACAUCAGCUGAUGGUCUAUUUUCUCCAGAACAAUUAUUCUGGUACCGUUGCUAUGCAAACUUUAUUGCUGGUGUAUUUUCUGGUGUGCUUACUCACUUCGGUUAUAAAGUUUUUGCUAGUUUCGAACCUCCAAGCAUUACUGAACUUAAAUUUAAUUUCCAAGUUGAAAAAUUAGAAGGUAAUUGGACAUUUUUCUCAGUUAAGCAGCACUAA